GUACCCUCUACAGUACUAGCUAGUAGUAGCUAGCUCUAGCUACCUGGAACCGGUAGCUAUGCAAAGCCUGUGGAGCCACGACUUAUCCAAGGUAACAGAAUCUUGCCGACAUGUAUGACCAUCGACAAAAUUUAUCAAUUGCAGCAAAAAGUGAGUAUUCUAAAUAUAAUUUACUGGGAUUGACAGAGACAACCCAUCAAGCCACAGUUCUGUUGCCUCGUGCCGAUCGUUCGUCUCAUAGUUUGAUUGCUUUGAUCGAUCUCAUCUAAGAAUCAUGGAUCUGAAUGACCCCCAACAUGUGCUGGCAGCACUUGUUGUGGUCAUCACUUCGAUUGGGGUAUUGGCUGCAAUCUUGAAACGCCAUCUCGAAACACUGAAGCCAUUCAAGGACCUCCCUAUGCCCGACGGCAGUCAUUGGUUCCAUGGCCAUGCAGAAAAAUACUUCAAUGUUGACUUUCAAGAAGGUGUCAAGCACCUAACAACUGAUUUUGCCAAUGAGCACGGUUUGUCUGGGAAUUGGCUUGCCAACGAGCCUGUUUUGUGCAUCAGCAACUAUAAAGAUGCCAGGCAAAUCCUGAUGACUGAGUACUCCCGUCGGGAGCCUUCCCUUUUUGUUCACCAUUUGAGGGGCUUCUGUGGACAGAGAAACUUUCUAAUCGUUAAUGGUAAGGAGUGGAAGGCCAAGAGAGAUGCCGUCACCCGAACAUUCGACGAAGAUUUCAUGAAGGCAUCACAAGUUGCCAUGAAACAAGUGACGCUAACCUUGGUUGAGUCUCUCAAAACCAAGCUAAGCAACGAAGGUGGAUCGAUACAAACGGACGUGCAGCCAUUGAUGAAGCUAAUUACUUUGGAUGUGUUCGCAAUGAUGGCAUUUGGAGAAGAUCUCAAAUGUUGCAGAGAGUUGGUCCCUUCCAAACUAGCGCAGUCCUUUGACUUUAUCUUGGCAGAAUUUGCACGACGGAUGGCCGGCCCCCUCAACCCAGCCAACCUUCUUUAUUGGAUGCCAACGCCGCUCAAUAUGCGCCACAAGCACGAGAAAGAGAUGCUUUUCUCGUUUGUCAACGACCUCGUCGAAAAACAGCGCCGCCAAAAGACCCAAGACAAUCUGAUGCUAUCUCGAUUGAUGCAUGCACAAGCGCAUGUGCUUGGAAAGAAGUCUAUCGAAGAGGUGUCCUCGAGAGUCCUCUUUGACGACAUUAUGCUUCUCCUCUUCGCUGGAUAUGACACCACGAGUAUCACCCUCAUGUAUGCCUUGUAUCUCCUUAGUAUCAAUCCUGAUAUUCAGGAGCUGUGUGCAGAAGAGACCUUUAACAAGAGCCUUGAAGACCCCAAAGAACUCGUCUACACAAAGGGCGUCGUGCAGGAGACACUCCGCAUGUAUCCUCCUGGCCCCCAGACCACUCGUACGGUCAGCAGGGACAAGACGUUGGAAAGUGGCUUCAAUGUCCCCAAGAAUACGUAUGUGUACGUUUCUAUUUGGUCCAUUCAUAGAAACGAAAAGAUCUUUCCCCAGCCCCUGCAGUUUCGACCCGACCGAUGGGUCAAGCUUGUUGAUGGCACGGAUUCUGCCACUGCCAACGACUCUUCGCAAGCCAGCAAGAAGUGGGUAGAACGAGCCAGCAUGGAAGAGCCAAAGGAAGAACCUGGUUGCACCAUUGCCGCGGCGAAUCACAAGGCAUUCUUCCCCUUUUCUGCGGGGGGCAGGUCCUGCGCCGGCCAAAAGUUUGCUCUUGACGAGGCAAUCAUUGUACUCGCGACUCUUGUCAAGCAUUUCCAAUUCAAGCUGGCGGAUCCAACUUUCAAGCCUGAUAUCCAGAUUCGUGGUAUUUUGCAGAUGCCAAAGGACGGCAUUCCUCUUACUAUUGAGAUGCGCAAGAAGACAAACUUCUAAUGGACUUGUUGGCCAGUUUGAUUGAUCUCGUUUUCUCCAUGAAGGUGAACUUCAGGGGCCCCGCGCUGUAGUUCUCCCAGAAGCUUGAUGAAGCAUAUUAUACCUGUAUGAUACUUAGCAAUUACUAACUGCUGUAGCUGGUUCCUUUUGGUUGAUG